AUGUCCAGCAUCCUAGGCGCCGCCGUCGCCCUACCGGUGCUUUCUGCAUGGAUCUACAAAUUUAUAUUCAACCACGACCUCAUUCGAAACUCCCACUUGAAUCUGUAUAAGAACAAGGCCAGGAUCAAUGAAAAGAUUGAAAAAGUCAACUACAAGCACGGAUGCAAGCUUCUACGGGUGGAUGUGGACGACGAGAGCUCAGAAAUAUAUACACAUAAGAACGACGCUUUUGCACGGCAGAAGUACGUGCACCGAACUGCUGGAGCUCUCUUUUCACUGGUGAUAGCCAUAUCUUUGGAACUAGCGUUUGCGCUUAUGGUGCAAUUAACAGGGUUUAUCGAAUUAGAUCCAAUGCUUUUUCAGUGGGCGAUUCGUUUGCUUGUGGUGCUUGUGGCGGUGGUGCAGCCGCUUCUUAUUAUCAGUCUCUAUGUGACCCAGGACCUAUCUCCACCUUUGGAUACAAGCAAGCCAGGGGCGUUGUUUAAAUGGGGCGUGACGGCGCUCUUGUGUAUUGCCUGGUUUAUGAUUUUGGGCAGGGUGGGCUCGUUGGCCCAUGCUUUGGAGGAACCGGGGUAUAAGGACUCGAGGUCUUUUUUACAACACAUCACUAACGAUAUUGUGCUUGCUGGAGUGACGUUUACGGCUAUUUUAUCGGGUGUGGGGUCGACGCUGACGCCGUUUAGAUGGUUCUGGGAACGUUCUAGACGGAGAAAGGCCGAGGCGAAGCUUGUUAAUGAAGUUACCGUGAAUGACCAUAUUCAAUCGUAUAACAACACCAAGUCGCUUCUUCGCAAGCGCCAGCAGGAGUUGGAGAAUGUGCUUUCGAAGAAUAGCGGGUCGGUUUAUAACGAACUGGAGCAGCCUGGCGUAAGGCUGUUGAAAGGGCUUCGAGGGUCAGGAAAGAAGCUUUUCAAUAAAGUGCUGAGUUUCGCUAGUCUUUCGGCGUUUUCCAGGCUGAAACCUGAAGACCAGGAGCUUACGAUGGAGAUUGACUCGCUUAAGCUGCUUAAAGAGCUGAUUUACGACGAUGUGGCUAAGGAAGUGGAGAAGUUUGUGCGUACCAAAGAAAGAGCACCGCUUUCACAGACUAUAGAUAAAGUGGCGUCCAUUGUGCUGUUUCUUUUUGCGUUUUACUGUGUUUACAGGGUUCUUAGUGUGCUUUUCAUUCGGAUUCCGUCCAGGUACUUCUGGGAACUGGAGAGUAUGAAGACUAAGGAUGCCUUGGCCAUUACGAUCGCCAAACUUAUCCAAACAACUUUUACACAACUUCCAAUCUCCGAACAGCAGUUAGUGAACCAGGUGAGUUUCAUUCUUUCAGGAUCCCUCUUCGCCUGUUCUCUUCAGAACGUUUUGGUUACUGUUAAAACACUCACACGAGUGCUUCCUGCUGCCACAACCACCUUAACUGCCCAAACCAAAACAUGGCUUAAACAUCUUCUUGUCAGUGAAUUCCUAGCCAUCUACAUUGUGGCCACAGCCCAAAUGAUCAGGUCCAACCUUCCUCCAGAACUCAGUGGACAAAUGCAAAAGCUUCUUUCUCUUACGCCCCAAGGCGAAGCAGACACAGAAACAGAGUUUUUAGAUACUUGGUUUGACCGGGUAUUCGGGAUAACGUGCAUUGUGACAUUGGUGGUUUUGGCUGCGAAAUACUUUGUGGAAGCCGAGGACGAGUAUUAUGAUGAGGAGCUGAUGAUAGAGAAGCUGAAUAUUUAG